UUCCAUUUGUGGUCAGGUUUAAUUCCCAUCACCGCAAAAUCUCUAACAGUCGGUGUUUCUCUCUCCAUAAACCCCUCUUCUUCUCUUUCCUUCAUCCUCUUCUUCUCUGCAGAUCUACUUUGCCUCUCUACUUUCUCAAUCUCUCUCUCAUCCUUUACAAAAAAAAUGACUUUCUCGAAGCAUCUUGUUUCCAAGCUCCGCUGCCUCCCAACCAUCACUCAAACCCUAACCCGCCCCCUCUCCACCGCCGCCGCCGCCGCCACCACAUCCACCGACCACCCACCAGAUGAUGAUUCCUCCCCCAUCUCAAUGAAGGGUGUAAAAAUAUCCGGCCGCCCACUUUACCUAGAUAUGCAAGCUACCUCACCGGUGGACCCCCGUGUCCUCGACGCCAUGCUCCCGUAUUUCAUCUCCCAGUACGGCAACCCCCAUAGUCGGACCCACCUCUACGGCUGGGAAUCCGAAGCCGCCGUCGAAACCGCCCGCACCCAAGUCGCCGCCCUCAUCAACGCCUCCCCUAAGGAAAUCAUCUUCACCUCCGGCGCCACCGAGUCCAACAACAUCUCCGUCAAAGGCCUCCUUCACUUCCUCCGGUCUACCAAGCGCCACGUCAUCACCACCCAGACGGAGCACAAGUGUGUCCUCGAUUCUUGCCGCCACCUCCAGCAGGAGGGUUACGAGGUCACGUAUCUCCCCGUCGAGAAAGACGGGCUGGUUGACAUGGGUAAGCUCCGGGCCGCGAUUCGUCCCGAUACGGGUUUGGUUUCCAUCAUGAUGGUGAAUAACGAGAUUGGGGUUGUUCAACCAGUUGACGAAAUUGGGGAAAUUUGUAAGGAAUUCAACAUCGCGUUUCAUACUGAUGCAGCUCAAGCUUUAGGGAAGAUUCCGAUUGAUGUGGGGAAGAUGAAUGUGAGUUUGAUGAGUUUGAGUGCGCAUAAGAUUUACGGGCCGAAAGGGGUUGGGGCUUUAUACAUUCGAAGGCGACCUCGAGUUAGGGUUGAGCCUCAAAUGAAUGGUGGUGGACAAGAGAGAGGGAUUAGGAGUGGAACUGUGCCUACUCCAUUAGUGGUUGGAUUCGGUGCUGCUUGUGAUGUUGCAAUGAAAGAGAUGAAGUAUGAUGAGAACAGAGCUCGAGUUUUAUCACAGAGAUUGUUGAAGGGAAUUACAGAUAAAGUUGAUGCUGUCGUCAUCAAUGGAAGCGCUGAGAAGAGGUACCCUGGUAAUAUGAACUUGUCGUUUCGAUUCGUUGAAGGGGAAAGCUUGUUGAUGGGGUUGAAGGAGGUGGCGGUUUCGAGUGGGAGUGCUUGUACAAGUGCUAGUUUGGAACCCAGUUAUGUGUUGAGAGCUCUUGGUGUUGAUGAAGAGAUGGCUCAUACUUCAAUUAGGUUUGGGAUUGGGAGGUUUACUACUGAAGAAGAGAUUGAUAAAGCAGUUGAGUUGACUGUUAAACAGGUUCUUAAGUUGAGGGAGAUGAGUCCUCUUUAUGAAAUGUAUCAACAAGGGAUUGAUAUUAAGAGCAUUCAAUGGUCUCAACACUAAACUACAACAGCUUGUAACUAUCAUGGAAGGUUAUAAUUCUGGCACUUCAUCGACGUGAUCACGCGAUGCUUAUUAACCGGCAAGAAAAUAUGGCACUCUAAUAUUAUUAUGUUGUAUUGAGUACAAAUUGUGUUAAUUUUGUUCUAUACCGAAUUUUAAGGUUUAUUAGAAAUUAUGUGCGCCUCGUAUCCAAAAGGCGCGAGCCUGCGCCUUGCGCCUAGGCUCUAUGACCCUUUUGCGCCUUUUUAAACUAAGCUUGAGACCAAACAUUACCUAGGCUUCUAAUAGUUUGUAAAUUACUCUAUG